CCCAGAUACAGAUCGGAGGAGCCGGCCAAUGGGGAGGACUCGGAGCGGGGUGGGGAAGAAAGGGACGAGGAGGUGGUGGAGCCGGCACUCCCAUUGCCUUCUGGGAGUCGUAGUGCCUGCUCUCCAUUCCUUUCCCCCUACAGAACGGCGAUCGAAAGGAACUGAAUGAAAGGGAGGACUGCGAUUCCCGAAAGCCACCGCGGCGGGGCUUCUGAGCUACGGGUCGCGAGAAGGGGCAAAACGCGCUCACCAGGUGCUGUCGGCCCCCGUUUGGCUGUUCGUACAGGUGUACAGGUGCAGGUGGUCAGGGGCUGAUGCGGGAAGGAAGAGGAAGAGGAUGGAGGAGAAGGCCCCGCGCAGCGUGAGCAGCUCCAGCAGCACCAAGCCCUACCUGGAGAAGCUCACCCUGGGGGUGACCCGCAUCCUAGGUAAGGUGGAGGUGGAGCUGGCAUCCCUGGUUGCCAUGGAAACAGCCGAGGGAUGGAGCCGCAAAGAGCCUUUCUUCCCUCUCUUGCUCAUUGCAUGGCGCUUCCUUCCCCCUCACAACAGUCCUGUGAGGGAGGCCAGGCUGACUGACUGCAUCUCCCAAGGCCUCACCCUGUGGAAUUCUUGGCGAAGUGGGUUUUUAUUUGUUUGUCGGGGAAAUAAGAGCGGCUGAAGACCUAUAAGGAGUGGGGAAUGACAAACCAUCCUCCAGGAAUGGCCCUACUGCAGCUAGCGAACCAGACAAAGCUGGUAAAAGGCACUGCUAUCUCUGUGACACUUUCCCAUUAGCUCUUCCCAGCGGCAUAGCGUGGGUUGUCAGCACCCGGGGCAAGGCAAGUAAUUUGCGCCCCCUAACCCCUAACCUGCCGCCGCUGCCAGCUGCUUCUUGCUGCUGCCUGGUCUGGUCUGGUGUGGUUCUCUCCCGUGCUCAGUGCUGCGUUGGGCGGCCGCUGCACUGUCCCUCCCCCAGAUAGUCCCUCGCUCUCUCUCCGCACCGCACGCCUGGCACCCCCCCCUCCACAGUGGGCGGCGACCCAGUGGCUCGGAUCGGAUUCGCACAGCCAGCACUGCAGUGAGGGAGAGUGAGUGAGCCAGGUAGGGGCAGAGAGCUGCGAGUGCGAGCGCGCCCCCCCCCAGAUGUUGCGCCCGGUGCGGCCGGCCCCCCCUGCACCCCCCACGCUACGCCACUGGCUCUUCCUGACGUUGGAUGAAUGCUUAGUUUUGUGUGAUGCAAAUGACCCACAGUUAAUCUCAAGCACGCACAUUUAUCCCCCAACUUCCCCAACCUCCUUUCCCCUCAAGACUGGGAGCCCAGGGGGGCGGGGGUAAACUAAAUGACCUAACAGGAUUUCCCCCAUCUAUUACCUUUGAUACUUCAAAGGGCUCCCUGGGGGGGGGGGCGGCUAUCUGUCCUCUUUUAUUUUCCACACUGAAAUUUAAGAUCUGCCUGCUUGAUAGCUUCCAAACACCGUGUGCUGUGCAGCGACUUUCUUCCUCUAAUUCCGCCUUCCCCCUCUGGGAGUUUUGGAGCUGGUGGAAGCUGUAAUGCAGUGGUGUCAUAGACAGGCUGGAUGCAGAGAAGUGGUGGGAGGCACAAGCUGGGGAACCGCCAAGGGAACCCCCAGGGGAAGCAGGCUCUUGGAAUCAGAAUCAAAGAAAAGCCCUCAACGACUAGGACCCAAAUUAUCUCAGGGCCUGCCUGAAUCCUCAGUCACUGAGAAUCUCUGGUAGUUCCCAGCACCCCUGAGUUUCAUCUAGUCUUCACUAGGGAUGUACCCUUGAGUGUGACAAGCCAAGCCCUGUGGAACUCCCUACUACUAGAAAUUUGUCAAGGACCAGCCCUCCUUUCCUUCAGAGAUCUUUUGAAAGCCUUGUUUGUUUGUUUAAACAGGCAACAUGAUUUUAACCAAUGAGUAUUGAUUGAUAUGCAUUGAUAUUUUUAUGGAUCUUUUGUUGAUUCACCUGUCUUUAUUUUCCCACUUGCUAUAUUUCUACAAAAUGGCAGAUUAUAAAAUUUGUAAGUAAAUCAAGCAACAUGUGGCCUUCCAGCUAUUGCUGGACAACAACUCUCAUCUCCCCUCCCUGUUGGCCAUGCUUGUUGGGAACUGGACGUCCAGCAGCAACAUCUGGAGGACUCCAUGCUGACUCCCCCCCCCCACUAUGCUAUUCCUCCUCCCUCCCAGUCCCUUUUCCUUUCAUGUUGUGGCUCUUUAAAGUUGCAAGCCUAGAGGCAGAGGGACUGUCUGGUUUAUAUUCAUCUGCAAACUGCUUUGGGGGAAUCAUUCUGGUUGAAGAGCAGGGCAAGUAUUGUUUACACUGAUUACUCUUUUUGCAGAAGCUUCUCCAGGAGUUACUGAGGUGACAUUUGUGGAGAAGGUGCCAGCCGAGCGCCAUGCCAUUGUUUCAUGGGAACAGGUGAGACUGGCUAUUAUUUAUGCAUAUUGCCUCUCCUCCCCCAUGGUGCUUGAGUCGGCUUUUGCAGUAUUAUUAGUUUGGAUUUUCCAUAGAGGUGAUCAGAACAGAGCACCUGGAGGUGAGGUCGUUUUUUUAAAUGGGCCUGCAUGCAGAGUUGCCCUCUGGUAGCAGAGCAGGUCCAACUUGCGGGAUGUGAAACUAUUGGUAGUAAAUGAGUUUGCAGUUUGUCCCUUUGGCACUAGGUGGCACCAUCCUUCCUGGCUUUCCCGUCUCACCCUCGCCAACCUGGUGCCCUCCAGCUCUUCUGGGAAAAGUGGGCAGAGCAAUGACUGCAAUCUUUAUCUUUGUGAAGUAGUCUACUUUCUACACACUUUCACACACCCUUCUCUGUCCUUCAUCCUGGCAAGCGAGAAGUCUAAUAAGCUCCAGGACAUAGUCAAGCCAGGCAAAAACACUCAAGGAAGUUGUGAAGCUAGAUGGCUGAGCAAAUAUGGGUUUGGGAGAAUCUUAAGGGCCAGGCGGCGAGACCAACCUGGCUACUCUUCUGGCACUGAUUUCAAGUUCAUUCUAAGGCAAUGCUUCUCAAACUUUUCCCUGGGCCACACUUUCAGAAUAAAAACAAGAAUUCUUUUAGUGAUAAGAAACAUAUUGCAAAAACAAAAAGAAACAACUCCUAGCAGUGCUUGACUUACAACGCAGAAAACAACUACUUUAUAGUAUGAUCAUUCAUGGGGCACCCAAAAAGCUUAAAACAAUUCAACUACAUAAGAGUACAAAUCAUUCCCAAAAUAUAAUUAUAAGCAAGCCUCUUACGUAUUUUAAGUACAUUUACAAACUCAGUGAGAGGUUUGAGCUUGCUUUUGCUGGCUAAUGUUACUGAUAUUAGGUCUAAUUUGAGACAGACAAACUCUCAUAUGCCUAUCGACAGAAAGAAAGCUUUCUCUUUUCUGAUGUUUCAUAUUUGUUAGAGUUCAAAAUUCCUCUUUGCAACAGCAGGUCAUGGAGAACUAUAGAAUAAUAGCCAAUGUUCCUGAAAAGAAGCAUGCAUGCAGUUUAUGGCAAUAUUCCCCAAAAUUAUUUUACUAUACUGAAAUGUUUAAAUUUUUUUUUAUUCUCCCUGCCACACUUGCCAUUCUCCCCUGCCACCCCCUUUGAGAAGCACUACUCUCAGGGGUGUUGGAUAUGUCCUCACCAAUUAUUCUCCCUCUGUUAAAUUGGGCUGUAAUGAGGAACUGAAGAAUCAGGGGAAUCUCACCUGCUGUUGGGUCCUGCUUUGAAGAGCACCCUCCGUGUGUGCGACGCACCCUUCCUCUCGAUGCUGCCGCUCUGAUAGCUGUUAGUUUAGGAGGCACGAGUUUUCAGGGCAUGUAAUCCAGGGCAGCAGAGAACCGGACAUAGCGAUGACAUCAGGCAGCAGGCAGGCAGCUCAAGAAGAAAAGUGAUGCAAACCUGGACAGAGCUGGCUCUGCGGAUGCAAAGUUAUAGAUGCAGCAGGGCAAGGGGUCAGUCUUGACAUAGGCUGAGAAGAAUGCUGAGGGGGAGAGAUGAUAGGGCUCUCAGACAACAGCUGGAUACUGCAGGCCUGUUUCUGUCCAUCGGGGCCAAGCAAAGUAUAGGAGAAAGACAAAUGUUGGAAGUGAUAUAACGGACAAGAGGGCCAGCUGCACAUCAAGGCUUGUUUGUUUAUUAAAUUUGUACACUGCCCUACACCCAUAGGUCUCAGAGUGGAUCACAACAUAAAACCACAGUAUGAAAAGCACAAAAUACAAGUUAAAAAUAAGGACAAGGACAAACCAAUAACAACCUCUCUUGUUUGCAGGCUAGCACACUCCACAAAGCAAGGAUGCCCUCCAGAUGUUGGGAAAAGUUUGUAGUUUAAUGGUAGAACAUCUGCAUUACACGCAGAAAGUCCCAGGUUCCAUCUCCAUCAUUUGCAGGUAGAGAGCUUCCCUACCUGAAACCCUGGAGAGCAUCUGAACCCUGGAGACAAUGGUGAACUAGGUGGCCCAACAGUCUGGCUGAGCAUAAGGCAGCUUCCUAUGUCCCAGUGUUGCAGUACUCCAACUCCCAUCACCCCUGAUCCUUGCCCAUGCUGCCUGGCCCCAUGGGAGUUGGAGUCCAACCAUAUCUAGACGGGGCCACACUAGCAAUUCCUGCCACAGAGGCAGUGGCUGCUGCUUGAUUCUUUUUCUCCUGCCCUUGCCUCUCCUUGCAGAAGAAUGCCUGCGUCUUGCCCGAGGAUUUAAAGAAUUUCUACCUGAUGACGGAUGGCUUCCACAUGACUUGGAGUGUAAAGUUUGACGGUAAGAAUAAGCUUUCCACAGCUUGGGACCAGUUUACUCACAAGGUCGCCUUCUUUACUCAUCCACUUUGAUCUGCAGAACCGACACCAUUACAAACACCCCAUAAUACUCAUACCGCAUAUGUAAUAAAUCAAUAUUUUAGUGCAGCAGCGGCCACACUUUAGAACUCCCUGCUUAUUGACAACAGGCAGGUGCCUUCGCUCUACUCUUUUUGGCAGUUGCUAAAAAUAUUAUUGUUCAGGCAAGCCUAUCUAGUCACAAAGAAGUAUGGCAUGUAUUUUAAUCCAGUUUUUAUCUAAUCAUUAAUUUUAAUUAAUGGAGAGGGCAUUACUGUUUUCUUUUGGUUUUGUUCCUGUUUUUGCGGGGUAUGUUGUAUUUGUACCUUGUGUUUUUAUGCUGUGAACUGCACUAGGAUCCUCAGAUGAUGGGCAGUAUACAAAUAAAUAAAUAACUUUUGAAUGCUUUUAAAUAGCUGUUAUUAACUUUUUGUUGAUCAUUUUAUCGAUAAGCGCUCUGAGAGUUUUACUCACAGUCAAACAGUAUAUAAAUGCUAUGAAAAACACACAAAAUAAACACAUUCUUAUCUGAUCAACAAUUGCAUUCACACACCCAUUUCCUCUGCUUCAGUUGUGUUCUGUCUUUAUUUUUGGGGAAGGGAGGAAUGAAACGGGAGCUGUUCCGCAGCAGAAAGAUUCCUAUUUCAGCAGCAGCAGCAGCACUCUGCGUGCUGCCAAUCCCAUCUUUGCUGCUGUGAUGGUUAGGCGCUUGCUUUUUGCAAAAAGCAAGCAAGCAAGCUGAGAUUCUUCUUCAAAGGGCAUCAUGUUCUGUGAGCCUUCUGUGCCCCUACAGAAUAGUGCCAUCCAUGCCAGCAACCUAGUAAUGGCUGCCUUUUUUCCAGACAACCCGAUGCCGCUUGGCUCGAUGACCAUCAACAGCAUCUCCAAGCUAAACCGAGUCAGAGCGUCGCCCGUCUACGCCUUGCCCAAUGCCCCCACGCUGGCUGACUUGGAGGACACCGACGAUGAAGAAGGUACUGCCCCACCUCACCCCUUUGUCCAUGGGAGACUUCAGUCCUCCUCUCUGCCCCACCUGCUACCCCCCCCAAAAGUUUCCGUGACCUUAUACACAAGCCCCACCGAUGCCCAGCUUCUCAAGCUCUGCCUGGUUUGGGUAUUCCUUGCCCUGCACCCGAUGAGAAUGCCUGCCUGCCUCGCUCAGCCUUUUCUUUCUCCCCAAAGGUAACAGUGGUCAGCCAGAGAAACCUCACUUGGACUCACGGAGCCUGGUGUUUGAGCUGGACCCGUGCGGAGGGAAUGGGAAGGUCUGCCUUGUGUACAAGAACACCAAGCCGGGUAUGUUGUGUGAUACCAGAAGCCCAAGAGCUGCCUGCACAAAUCAGCCCCAUCUGCAAACCCCAGUUAGCUUUUGCCUUAUCUCCCACAUCUCCGUUUUGGACUACUGUACCUAGCACCAUGGCUGAGACUGAUGGGCUUUGUAGUCCAGAACAUCCGGAGGGUACCAGGUUAACAAAGGCUGUUGUCUAUGAUGGCCUGUGAUGAAGUCUUCCUGAAGCAAGCUAUGCCUGGCUUUCAUAAUUUGCCAUUAUUAUUAUUAUUAUUAUUAUUAUUAUAUAAUAUUAAAAUUUGUAUACCGCCUCAGAGGAUGAAUUUCCCUUGGGAAUGCCUUUACCCUUUCUAGAAAGCACCGAGGCCCAGAUCAUCAUCCGUAGGCCUCAUAGUUCCUUAUUAAAACCCCCUGAGAGGUGGGGUGGUCCAUUCUUCUCAUCCUGCGGCCUAAUAGUUUUUCUCUCACUUCCAGUUGUCACCCCGGAUUCCGAGAUCUGGUUUCUGGACCGAGCUCUCUACUGGCAUUUCCUCACCAAAACCUUCACUGCUUACUACCGGCUUCUGAUCACCCACUUGGGACUGCCGCAUUGGCAGUAUGCCUUCACCAGCUACGGCAUCAGCCCCCAGGCUAAGGUGAGAGAACGACAAAUGGCCUGUCCCUUUUCCUAGGGUCUGCCGCUCCUCCUGAUUCUGCCUUCGCAAAAGCCCUGCGAAGGUCAGGCUUAGAGUGAGUGAGUGGCCCAAGAGUAAGUGAUUGGCCCAAGGUCACCCAGUGAGCUUCAUGGCCAAACGGGAAUUUGAACCCAGAUCUCCCAGGCCCUAGACCGACCUUCUAAUCCAGUGUGUCUCAAACUUGGGUCCCCAGCUGUUGUCUGGAUCCAGGUUUGAGAAACACUGCUCUCACCACUAUGCCACACCACCUCUACACUGAUUGGCUGCUGCUCUCCAGAGCUACAGGUGGCAUGGUGGGGGUCUCUCCCAGCCCUCCUUGGAGAUACCAGUGGGGAUUUGCAUGCAACAUAAAUGCUCUCCCCUCUGAACGAAUCCUUUUGAUCCAGGGCUGAAGCUCUUCUGUUCCCUUGCUCUGUUCUGCAUCACUCCCACUUUCCCAGAGUGACAUUUAGACACUGACUCUCCAGGAUUUGGGGGGCAGACCCUACAACAUUGGCCUUUUAGUCCCACUUCAACCCAAAGAUGAGGUUGAUUUGAUUCCCCCACUUCUUCCCAAUGGAAAUCUUCACUCUCGCCUUGUUCCCUGGUGGCCAACGUGUGCCAACCUCAGGUGCCAAAAUGUCUUGGGCUGGCUCUGCUUGUGGAUUAAGAUAAGCCCUUUGUCCUGGAUGGACAUUUCCUUCCCUGGUGAGAGUUGGACAGGAAGUGGCUGUUCCUCUCCGCAGAGACUCCUCUCUGUUGAGAUGGUCCAGGCCCCAGAGACUUGUAGAAUCAGAAGGGAUUUUCUGGCUGGCAUGUCAGGUGUUGUUGAGACCCUGGUCUUCUUGUGUAAUGGUCAAGUGAGCCGGGACAUCAAUAGGACUGUUCCUAGGUGGCUUCCCUGACCCUGUGGAGCCCUGGUGGAAAUCUUAUAGCAAGCUUGACUGGGCACAGGUACAGGUGUAUAUGCCUCUGAACCCUGACUCUCUCAGCCCUUCUUGGAGACCCCAAGGAUUGAACUCUGUAUCCAACACACACACUCUGACACCGAAGCACGACUCUUCCCUCAAAUACACCAUGCAACAUGGUUUUAGGAUUACCAUGCUGUGGUGUGAUCUCUCUCCUGCAGCUCUGUGCCAAGAAAGCCUUGCCAAAGGGUAAUAAUAAUAUUUUAGCAGAUCAUCCAGGGAUUAAAUUGGGGAUCUGCUCCAUCCCAAGCAGACCCCCUUCUGUCCCUGAGCCCAUCUAGCGGGAUUCCUGUCUGAGGCCUCCGGUCCCACGGCCGGCAGAUAACAAGCCAGGAGCCAGGCCUUGAGACACCCCCACCCUACCAUCACUCACCUUCCUUCUCUGCCAUGUGCAGCAUUAUUUUUAUCACCAAUUUUGAUAGUUAUUAGAUGGGCAAUUUGCCUUGACAGGCAGGGCUCAGAGGCUAGAGUCCUCCUCUGCGUCACGACAGCCUUUGGACCAGAGAGCCACACCUCUUUGGGAUCCUGAGUUCCCUGGCUUACCUUUCUUUUACCUGGCUUACCUUUCUUUUUUUGCUUUAUGUGUCUCUUGUAGGCAAAUUAUAUCAAGAUUUUGUUUGAGAAUUAUAUGUUCCUCCCUGUUUCUCUUUGUUUUAUUGUUCAAUCCAUUCACAUUUCAAUUCAGUAUUUUAAGGUUUGCCAUUAUCAACUUCUCUCAAGAUAGGUCUACCUCCUGCUGCACCUUUUCCUUCUUCUUGUGCAAGCCGUUCCAUUGCCUGCCUUUGCUUUUCCAGAGGGGUAUUCCCAUAGCUAUCUGUUUCUUGUCUUUCUAAGACUCUGCCUUGUUUCUCAAAAAAAUUGUGUUCCUGCAUUUCUGUUGUAAGUCUAUACCUUUUGCCUUUGUAUAUAAAUGAGAGUCCCUCUGGAAACUCCCAUUUGUAUUGUAUGUCUGCUUUUUUUAGGGCGGUUGUCAGGAACUUAUAUUUCUGUCUUCCGAUUCUCAAUUUAAAAGGAAUUUCUUUAAAUAUCUCAACCCUGUUAUCACCAACCCUUAGACCGGUUUCAAAUCCCUUCUGGAGAACUGUUUCCUUUAUUCUUCUAGUUAUGAAAGUAACCAGUCUCCAGGCUGCUGUGUCCCUCUUUUUCUCCUAUUUCUGACCUGGUAACAGGUCUGUAUAGCCUCCUCCACCCACUCCUCUCUUUCUCCUAACCAUUCGGCUAAGAUUUUUUGCUAAAUGCUUCUCUAGUCUCUGGUUUUCCUCUUGCUCUGGUAAAUUGCAUAUUUCACCAUAUUCUCAUUUUGUCUCAUUUGUGUCAUAAAAACAGCAUCUUCUAAUAGAGCCAGUCUACCCACAACCCCAACCACAGCCUCUUUACACACUUCUUAUUGUUUCACUUGCUCCAUUUGUUCAGAGAUUUUCUUAAAUUCAGCCGAUUUCUCCUCAAGUUCUUUAACCUUUACACCCAUUCUUUCUAUCUGCUGUGACAGCUGAGCUGCACUAUCCUCUUAAUACUCAUUUUCUGAAAUAGCUCCUGCAUCUGUAAUCCAAAAUCCUUCCUCUGUUGAACAAAUUGCUCCAUUACAAAGUCUGCCAAAUCUGGUUUAGGGUCUGUUUUUUUCAGAGGUCUCUUCCUGCGUUGAGCCUCUUCUAUCUGCUUCCCCCACCCCUCCGGCUUGCUUAGCUUUUUCAGGCAUUCUCAAAACCAAGUUUUUACUCCCAAGGUCACAGUUCAAUAUUUCUCUCAAUAUAUCCUUCUCUGCCAUGUGCAGCAUUUUUUUUAUUGCCAAUUUUGAUAGCAGCGUUAUCAGAUGGGCAAUUUGCCUUGACAGGCAGGGCUCGGAGGUUAGAGUCUUCCUCUGCGUCAGGACGGCCCUUGAACCGAAGCGCCACGCCUCUUUGGGAUCCUGAGUUCCCUGGUUUACCUUUCUUUUACCUGCCCUGCAUCUCCCGAUGAGAGACUCCCUUCACUUCCUUGUGCCAUGCCAAACUUCGUAAACUUCUAUCGUGCUGCCUAUUACUUGCCUUUUCUCCUGACCAAAAAGUCCUAACCUCAGCCACCUUCCUUCAUAGGGGAGUCACUCCACCCUCUUGAUAAUUUUGGUUGCCCUUUAAUGAACUCUUUUCAACAUACUUCUCAAGACAAGGCGACCAGAACCAUAUGCCUACCCUGCAGUGAUUGCCGUUUGCUGCUCCUCACUUUCCCUUCUCCUCUUCCAGCAAUGGUUCAACAUGUACAAGCCCAUCACCGUCAACACGGAGCAGCUCUCUGAGGAGGCCGAUUCCUUUGUGAACAAGCUGGACCCAAACAAGGUCUUCCGCAGCAAAAGCAAAACUCCGGUGAUGAAGAAGAAGCUGCCGUCCCAGACGCCCUCCUCCCAGAAGGGCCAGGCGGGGACAGCCCCCAAGAAUCCGCAGCAGGCCGGAAGCUCCUCAAGGAGACGGGAACCCCAGCCCUGACUGACCUUUCCCUUUGACCCUGCACCGCCCCACCGUGGCUUCGGUCCACUGCCCCUCCCCCGAGAAAAGGCCUCCUAGUUUGUGGCUGGUGGAGCAUUGAAUGGGACCAAGAUGUAUUUAUCUAAAAGUAUUUAUUUAAAAGGCUUUAGGUUCUGGCUGAAUUUCCUUUGUGCCAAACGUGACCAGUGGGCUCAGGUUCAACAUGGUCCUUCCUUGGAGUGAACGUUGCUAAUAAUAAUGCUAAUAAUAAUUAUUAUUUAUACUCUGCCCGUCUGGCUGGGUUUCCCCAGCCACUCUGAAAGGCUUACAGCACAUAUAAAAAUAUAAUGAAACAUCAGACAUUAAAAGCUUCCUGAUACAGGGCUGCCUUCACAUGUCUUCUAAAAGUUGUGUAGUUCUUUAUCUCCUUGACAUCUGCUGGGAGGCCAUUCCACAGGGCGGGUGCCACUACCGAGAAGGCCCUCUGCCUGGUUCCCUGUAACCUCACUUCUUGCAGUGAGGGAACCGCCAGAGACCUUCAAGAGGAGGACCUCAGUGUCCGGGCUGAGUGAUGGGGGUGGAGACGCUCCUUCAGGUAUACUAAGCCUCUCUAGGGUUCAUAAUGCAAUGGCUGGCUAUGGGGGAUUCCUACUGGGAAUCCCCUUUCCUGUCUAGAUUGAGGAGCUAAAGUGCACAAAGGGUGGGGGGAAAGCAACCCUCCCCUGGGAAGCAUCCUUUGAGCAACCUUUCUAUGGCACUGAUGAGAGUUGUAGUCCAAAAUAGCUAGAAGUGCACUAGGCUGAGAGCCAAUCACUUUUCAAGUCAUAAACCAAACCACACGUGAAUUGUGUCCCAAUCAUCCUUGACACGGCGUCGGAUGAAAGAAACGCAAUC